CAUUGGCAGUAGAGUGGCAUUACUGAAGAGCUCAGUUGCACCUUCAUAGGAUGUCAUCUUUCCAACAAGUCAGUUAAUCAAAUUUCAGUCAGACCCGCAGGUGUCCACAUACUCCUGGUCAUGUAGUGUACAUGCAUACAUAAAGUAUUACAUUCAUACACACAAACAACACUUUCUUCCAUGGGAAUCCUGAGAAUCCAUUCUCUAUAAUUGUUGACAAAUAUCAAUGACAUUGUCAACACCUUUCAGAGACUUUAGCUGUAGCUAGUCUUUACGUGACUGAAUUCGAUCGGGCCUGUCGACAAUGUGCCAUUUAAAGGUAAUUUCCGAUUGAGCCAACAUUUGCAGCGUUUUACCUUGAAUGCAAUAUUCACGAACGAGGUAUCAUUGCCUUUAAAAACGGCAUUGUUGACAACCCACGAUCGGAUUGAGUUAAUAAGAAAUAAUACACACAAGAAAUAAGGACUCCAACAUAUGAAACCACUUCUAGCAUAGCCGCAGGAAGAUGUUCGGGGUGCUGCGAUUUUUUUUUGCUGGCGCUACAUAAGGGUAUAUCGGUCCGCUAAUACAGGACUAGUAAAAUGUUCUAAAACAAAAUAUUAAUUAAUUAACCGCUACUUCCCACAGGUAUGACUCCUAGUCUGUUGGUGCUCAAUAAACUAUUGACCUCGAUGAUUUUUUUUACAUUGAUAAAUACUUUUUGGCUACGUUUUCUCUCUUACACUGAACCCAUUGAAACAAAAAAUGACAAUGCAAUAUUUCCUCUACGCUGGAGUCACAGUUCUUUUCUCAAAGUGUCUUAUUUGCUUUUAAUUUUUUUUUUGCCAGCACUUCACAAUUAACGGGGCACAUGAGGGUGAGCUAACACCUUAAUAUAAGACUACCCAAUAACAGUACACAUACUGUAACACACUGAGCAAUACCUGGUGAAAUUUAGACAAAAUUACAUUUAGAAUCUGUGAUUUUCUUCCAGACAGUUAAUCAUAUUCCGUAAUGACAUUCCCGUCUUUACUGUCAUCCAGAAUAUAAUCUUACAGUGACAGUGUGGCACUGGUGUUGUCGCCUGUUUUUGUCAACCACCCUAUAUUAAAAUGUUGGAGUUAAUUUAUUUGUUAUGUCUUUUCUGUCUUCUACUCUUCAUCGGUCGCAUAUUCUGUCUUCUAUCUCAUUAACAGUGUUGCACAGAGACUUAGUCUCUAACGUGUCAUUGAUAACUGUCUUGCUCAAACAGUACGAACAUGUGCAACUGUAACUAGCUAAAUUGUAACAUCAAGCAUGGACCAUUUUCACAAGAUCUGCAUCCUUGUACUAAUUAAAUGCAUUAAAACGACUGCCUAAAAAGUAUCUACACUCACUGUAGAAAAUCUACCCAUGGCAGGUUUGUUUGUCAUACGAUGCGCAUGCGCAUAAACAUUUACAGUUCUCCAAGUUGGACCAGACGCAAUCAAUACACAGUUGAGUUACAAGAUUCUCCAGUUGGAUUUAAUAGGUUGUAUGAAGUUCAUUAAAUGACAAAUAUAAAGUUGCUGUUUUGUGUGGACUUCGACAGAAGAACAUGCUAAAUCCGGCUAACGGCGACCCGGUCCACGUCGUUACAAAUUAUGUGGAAGAAUAUUUGGACUUGGUCGAAUCACUACCAUUCGACCUACAGAGGAGCGUGUCUCUUAUGAAGGAAAUUGAUGCAAAAUACCAAGAUGUCCUACAGGAGCUGGAUGAUGCUUAUGAGCGAUACCGUCGGGAGUCCGACCCUCUCCAGCAGCGCAGAAUGCAGCUGUCCAUCCAGAGAGCUCUCAUCAGCAGCCAGGAGCUAGGAGAUGAGAAGAUACAGAUUGCUGGGCAGAUGGUGGAGUUGGUGGAGAACCGUAGCCGGCAGGUGGACUGGCAUUCUGAGCUCCUCCACGCCUCCCAGGAGAACCCCGAGACCCAUGUACCCACAUCAACUGCUAUGACGACGACUGCAGCUUCCAUGAUGUCAAUGUCGGCAGUGACAACCACACCGGGCAAAGCAGGUCACCACGACAAGAGGCGUGACGAGGCAACGCCAGGCUCAGUCGGUGGAGGGGACAAGUCUGGCGGGAAACGCUCACGGCGGCAGAAGAACGGAGAGAACCGGGAGAGCUAUGGAGGCAUGGAUCAUGGUGACGAGGCGGGCAUGGGGGCGUCCAGGGAGAAGAGGGCCAAAACGUCGUCGUCCAAGAAGAAGAAGAGGUCAAAGGGCAAGUCAGAGAGGGAGGUGUCACCCCCAGACCUGCCCAUCGACCCAGACGAGCCCACCUACUGCCUGUGUGAACAGGUGUCCUACGGCGAGAUGAUUGGCUGUGAUAACGACGAGUGUCCCAUCGAGUGGUUCCACUUCUCCUGUGUGGGGUUGCAUCACAAGCCCAAGGGGAAGUGGUUCUGCCCCAAAUGCAGGGGUGAGAAUGAGAAGACCAUGGACAAGGCCCUGGAGAGGGCGAAGAAGGAGAGGGCCUACAACAGGUAGCUGCUCUACCUGGCCCAGUGGACAUUGUUUGUGGUCAUGUUAGUUUUGUGUUUUUGUUAUUGUAUUUUUUUACUCCCAAUUACUAUCAAUGCUGUUUGAAAAUGAAAGAAUUGGGAAGAGGGACUUUGUUAUCAUUUUAGUAAAGGCUGUACUGUAAGAUGGACAUCCUGGUUCAGGACCACUGGUUUAGAGCAGAUAUGUAAUACAGGUUAUUGUGUCAGUCACACCAAGGAUUGUUGACGCUAGCUGUAUCAUGCAUGCAACAAUACUAGCCAUAUUGCUCCUCCAAAUGAACAAAUAAAACAUUUCAACCAA